UUUUCUCUUGGCUAUGGCUGUUGUCAUUAUCUGUAGGUGGUAGAUGGUCUCUGACUGUCGGACGUGGUAGUACCACCCGGCGGAUCUCGUAGGCGGAGCCAGAAUGUGUGCAUGUUGCAUGCACACGUGUUCCCUCGCCAGAGACCGUGUGGCGUCCCCCCCUUUUCCCAUGUAUGCCCCUAUAGCCCCACGGCCUUCGGGGUAGUUGGAGUAUAAAAAAAA